CCAGCAUCUUCAACCCCACCAAUCACAGCACAGAAGAGAGACGCCCAGACUGUCCACUGUUUCCUGUUUCUGUGAGGCAGAAGCAUGCAGUGCCAGAGAGGGUGAGGUGAGUGAAGGGCUGAAUUACUGGAACAAGCUGUAACGCAAUCACUGUGGGUCUACUGAGUUUAUGAGAAGUGAAGAAAAGUACGAGCCUAAACAGACGGUGGAUUCCUCUUUAAGACAGUGCUGGAGGGGAAAAGUAUAAGGAAAACAGAAACAGGAGGAGGGAAGGAAGAUAAGUGUCAAUCUGUUCAAACUUGUUUGGGAAUUUGAGAAGGGCGGGAGGAGGGGACGAGAGAGAGAAACAGAAAAAAAAAGAGAGAGGAACACUGUGAGAAACUUUUUACUGUGUUGAAAACUAUUUUUGAUUACAUGAACAGAUUAAGUAGGACAGAGACAGGCUGGAUAAUUAAAUCAGUGUUUUCAGUAGAUCAUUUAUCUCACUCGACUUUGGUUCUCUCAAUGGGCAAACACUGAUAUGUGGAAUGUCUAUGAGUUGUGCAAUUCCUGCUAGCUUCACUUUGUCUGGAAAGCAAAGAGAAAGAAGGGGAGAGACGGAGAAGCGUCCCCCAAGACACUUCUCAGGUUCUCUAUGUUGCCAUGGAAAACAGUCAAACUAAUUGGGCCAUUCAAGACACUGUGCAAAUAUAGUCUUCUUAAGGUGCACUAGACAGUUUGUGUCAGUCAAGAGCAAACCGUGACCAGCUAAUCAGCAAAGGUGACCUACGUGAAGAGACUUGGAAACACCAAAAGAUGGACAAACCAAGCGAAAGAGAAGGAGAAGUGGAGCCAGAUGCCUAUCAUUGGACUAGGGAGAGGGAGAAAUUUCCUGCAACCAGAAGAAGAGAUGGAGAGAUGGACUUGAGAGAAAGAGGAAGGCGGAGAGAUGGUGAUCGACGUGCAAAUGGAAAGUCAUCAGUGUCAGAGCAGGCUGAAUAUGGAGGCCGAGACAAUGAGAGGAGAAAAGGAGGCACUUUUCCAAGAAUGACAAAACCAAGCAGAGAGAAAGAUGGAAGGAUACUACAUUCAGACUAUAAUAGGGAGCAUCACAUAGGAAGACAGAUGGACAUUCUAUAUGAAAAUGAAAGAGAAAGGGAAAGAAGGAGAUACAGAGAAAUGGACACACUGAGUGAAAGAGAAAGCACAAGAUACAGGGAGGAGUUGAAGAGAAAUGAAAUGAGAAGGCUCGUAAAGGAGGAGCCAGAAAGACGGAGGGAACGAAAUAAGGAGUUUGAUUCUGAAAUGAGAGAAAGAAGGAGAGAAAGUUAUCCAGGGGAUAAUGACCUUUCAGGCAUGAGGGAAAGAGAGACAUACAGAGAGAGAGACAAACUUAGACAAAGAGACAAGGAAGACAGGUAUUAUCUUCGACCCAUGGAACGAGAGAUAGAAAGCUUUUCAGACAGGGAAAGGAGAACUGAGAGACAGAGAGAGGGAGAGAGAUCUAGGAAAAGAGAUACAAAAAGCGAAGGAGACAGUGAUGGAGACAGGGGUAAGGAAAGAAAGAGAGAAGAGGAUUCUAAACGUGGACACAAACUCUACAAGAGUGAAGGAGACAGCGAUGUAGAACGAAAGGUACACAGAGUUAGAGAGAGAGACAGACGUAGAGAUAGAGAAGCAGAGAGACGGCAAGACAUGGUGAUGCCAAGAGAAAGAGAUUACCGGGAAACAGGUUAUUAUGAUCCUAAAGGGGGAAAUUUGGAGCGACUCAGAGAGAUGGAUAAACCAAGAGACAGAAUGAGAGACUCCAAAGAUAAAAGAAUGGACAGAGAUGCAUACUCAUACACAACUGAGAGAGGAAGGUAUAGAGAUGGAGAAAGGAUAAGAGAGAGGGAUAGGUAUUCUGAAAGAGAGAUUGAAGAGAGGGAGAGGCGGAGGAGAGAGAAAAAAGAGACAGAGAGAAGUAAAAUGGAGAAGAGUGGACAAAGUAGUGGAGAGCUGAUUUCAGGAAGUGAUAUCGAGAAUAAACAAGGGAGGGCAAUGAGAGAGAACCCCGAGGACAGAGAACGAGAAAACACUUCUGAGAUUGAUAAAGAGAAACUAACGGGAAGAACAGAGGAAGAGCAGGAAGUAAAGAGUGCUCUGAGGGACGAAGAGGGGGGUGAACGCUUUGCUGCUGAGGAGGCAGUUACAAAGAAACCUAGGAUAAGGAAAAUGUGGCUGGAACCUCGAAGUGAGAGAAAAGAAUCCCAUUUAGAAGAAGAGUACACACAGAGGGAGAGAGAAAAAGAGAAGUACAUCCAAAGAUAUAAAGAAAUCAAGACAACUGGACAUGAAGAAGAACCCGAGAGAAAGAAAGAAAACAGGAAAAAGAGUCUUGAGGACAAGUAUAGAGAACUUGAAAUGGCUGGGGAGUUCGUGAGGGAUGUCGAGGUAGAACAAGAGGAGAAAUGCAUGGAAGGGAAUGUGAUUUGUGACAGAGAAGCCCUGGAAACAGAGUGGCAGAUAGAAAGGGAAAAUGUGCCUGAUAACAUGGAAGAGGAAGAACAGAGAAAGAACAAUAGAUACGACUAUGUGGGGAAUGAGGAAGGAAGUGAGGGAGAAUCGGAAGCAGAGAAAGGCAGAAUGAUGUCAGCAGAUGAUGGAUUUGUGACUGUCUCCAGUGGAGGGGAUGAUGCUGAGGAAGAGGAUUUUGAAGACUGCAAAGAAUUCUGGGAUGGUGGAGUUGCUGAUGAUGUCUCUGGAAACUCAGGAGCUACUCAGGGCAGAGAGAUCGGGACAGAUGAAGAACUGGAAAACCAAACAGCGAAUAAGAGAGCAGAUCGUAGGGCUCCAAAAGGACCCCCAAAAGUUUUUUGUGUGAUUUCUCAGACCCUUCCCAAGUCCCUAACUAAACAGAAUGCGUAUGAAGAUACUACUGUUGAAGAAGCAGGCAAUCAGCAUUCAAGUCAAAAUAUGGACAACCAAGGUGAAAUGAGCACUGCUAAUGCAUUUGUAGAGAUUGAACACAGUGAACAAGACAUUGAAAGUGCGAUGGAUGACCUCACUCUUUCUCCUAAUGAGGACAAAGGGGAGGGAACAGGAAUUGAUGACCAGGCAAAAGAGGGUGUAACAUCACUGGAAGGCCAAAUGAUUCUUUCCAAUGAGGAAUCAGAACAAGACACCCAACUCUUCCCAACACAGCCUUCUGAAACUUUAUGGCCAUGUCAUGAGACUCAUAAUGAAGACACAUUACAACUAGGAGAAAAAGAAGUUACUGGAGAAACAGUUAAAUAUUUUGAUUCAGAUGACACAUGGAGUACAUCCGAAGAACGAAAGCGAAGCUCUACUGCUCCUCAUCUUCGAUGGGCCAAGAACGUGGUGAAAGAGAUCCUGGGUCUGAAGUUGGGGGACACAGAAAAUACAAGAGGUAGUGUUACACGCAUAGACAUACAAACCAAUACACAAACAGAGGGUGAAAAAGAAACAGACAAAUUGAGGGUGGAGGAAGAACUGACAGAGGGAGGAGAAAGAGAGGGAGGGAUGGAGAGAGAGUCGAGUGAGGAACAUUACCAGCUGGAUCCUAGUUCUAUCCAGUACACUGUUUCCUUAGAAGGAGAGGCAGACAGGAAGGUAGAAGAGCAAGUUUCUAAGAACAAAGAUAGCACAAAGAAAGUCGUUCUAAGCUCUAGUAGUUUUCAAGAUUUGGGGAAUGGGGCUCGUAUAAGGAGGCGAGGGUUCCGAAAGACGGAGAAAACCCAAGAAGAAGAGGAUGAGGAAGAAGAAGAGGAAGAGGGAGAAGGAGUUGGAAGGGACCGCAGGACAAGAAUAUUCAACAUAUCAGAUGGCGAGGAGGAUGAAUUAAGUUCGACCUGGAGUGAAAUGGAUCUAAGGAAACUUGGGAGGACAAAAAAGAGGAAUUCUAAAUUCUUUAACUCUCAGUUGUAUCAGGAAUACAAUGAGGUGGCCCAGAACAGAGAGAUCCUGCUGUCUCAUACCGAUUCUAUAUCAUUAAGUGGCGAUAAUCUCUCUAUCCGUUCAUCUUCUUCCCCAAAUCAUUCCCCUAAGCUAUCACACAGACCCCUCCCACCUCUCCCUCAAGUCCUCCUGCACCCCCACACUCUGUCCCAAACCAACUCCUUUAAAAGUCUUAAUGUGCCUCAGCAAUCCAUAGGCAGACCCCCUUCCCCUCGCGUGCCCAUCUCUGCUUCCUCACCCACACUGUGGCAGGAGCUCCCGGGAGUGAGGAAGAGCUCAGAUUUUGAGAUACUCACUGAAGAUGAGAGACGUCUGCAGGAGGUGAGGUUUGAGGUCGUGACCUCUGAGGCAUCAUACUGCCGCAGUUUGGACAUCGUAGUGGAGAACUUUGUCAUGUCCAAACCGCUCAACGUUAUCCUGUCUUCACAAGACAAAAACUGGCUGUUCUCCAGGCUAAUUGAUGUUAGAGCCACCAGUCACAGUUUUCUGUCUCAACUGGAAGAAACAGUGGAGAAGGACAUAAUGCACUUUACCGUCUGCGACAUUAUUAUCAAACACUGUCCACGAUUCCGAAAGGUCUAUGUGCCAUACCUUACCAACCAAUCAUAUCAGGACAAGACGUAUCAAAGAUUAAUGGAUGAGAGUCAUGAAUUCCGUAGAGUUGUGGAAAAGUUAGAGCGUAACCCGGUUUGUCAACGACUGCCUUUACGGUCUUUCCUCAUUCUGCCGUUCCAAAGAAUCACUCGCCUCAAACUGCUAGUGCAGAAUAUUGUAAAGAGAACCGCUUCAAAGACCAAGGAUGAAGCACAGGCCAUAAAGGCCAUGAAACUACUUGAGAAGAUGAUCCAGGAGAGUAAUGAAAGUAUCUCUCAAAUGAAGAACAUUGAGUCACUUGUGACUCUCAAUGCCAAAGUUGACUUUGAGUGUAGGACUCUUCCGUUGAUCAGUCAGUCCCGCAGACUGGUACGAGAGGGAUCUGUGACUGAACUGAGAGACUUUUCCCUGAAAGACAGGGAAGAUGAGAGAAACGCUUAUAUGCACCUUUUUAAUGACUAUCUCCUGCUCUCUUUGCGGAAAGAAGGGGGUAGGUUUACAGUUAUCGAUCAUGCUCCAGUGUCAGAGCUGCGGGUUGAGAACUGCAGGUUCAAACUGCAUUCCUUACAGAAAAACCUGUUCCGUCUGCACAUGUCGCAAAAAGCCCUGCUUUUGAAGACAGAUACAGAAGCUGAUAAACUACGUUGGAUAUCAGCACUCUCACGUCCUUAUCCUGAGAUUGACUUCAGCGCAGUUCAGGACUUUGCACAAAUGCAGUGCAUCAGAGCCUUUGUUGCCCAGCAACCAGAUGAACUCAGUUUAGAGAAAGCUGACGUUCUAUUAGUUCACCAGCAGAGUAGUGAUGGCUGGGUGGAAGGAACUCGUCUGUCAGACAGGCAACGAGGCUGGGCCCCUGAGGCUCACCUGGAGACAAUAGUCAGCGACAAAACAAGAAAGCGCAACCUUCUGGACACCAUGAGAAUUGCUACAGCUGCAAUGUGAAUUAAUAUGUACAUCCUACAUGGUUCUCAGGUGGACAUUUUCAACCACAAUUUUUUAGUGUUACUUUAAAGUCUUAUCCAAAAAGACCUUCAAGAACUUGGAUUUAUGUGGGAAGUUUCUAUUUAUUUUGUGUAGAUACUCGAGCUGAUAAGGGUGAUGUGGGCGAUAUGGUCACACCCAUGUCAUGGUACUCCACACCCUGAGAAAGGGUCUGGAAAGAUGCUGAAUUGCACCAACAGAGCUCUUUGGAUAUCUCAUGAUUUUGUGCAAAUGGUGCAAUCAAAUGAGUAUCUAUGCAGCUUCCACAGUGUUUAUGUAAACAUCAUGUAAAGUCUUUAUUAUAACUUGGAAGUUGGGUGUCACUCCUGGACAGACAAUUGGACCACAGUCUGUUUUCCUCUUAAUGAGCGAGUUAUCUCACUGAGGAGCAACUACAGCUGGAUAUAAGACAAUGGAAUCAGUGAGAAAUUCUGAAUACUGCACACCUGCAAUUUAUAAACAUUACAUCCCUUUCAACAUGGAAUAUACAUUCUGACUGCAGCCUCAAAUACGAUUUAAAGAGGAUAUUGUCGUGCUCCAGGACAAAGAUGCAAAAAGGACAAAUGGUGAACUUUUCCUUAAACAAAUUGUGCUAAUUUUAUUCAGGAUCAUGAAUUAUAGAUGGCUAAUUUUUAAGAAUAAAAAUAGGGUAGAACACCCAAGGUUAUAACAAUGUACAUAAUACCUGCAAUGUACAUAAUAUAGGUUUUUAACUUUAAAGAUAUAAAGUAUUAUGUUUUCAGGGAAUAAUUCCAUCCACAUUCAAACAGAGUGGCAUAUAACUGUAAUAAACUGAUCAUUUGUUUCCUGAAAGAACAUUUCUUGGUUUAGCAGAUGAGAUUUUUAUUCUUAUCAAGUGCACUUUGAUUUUUAUUUGUAAUUAUGGGAAGGCCGUUAGGAAGCAAGACCUCAAGGAAAAAAAGAAUCAGAAUGAAAGAGUAAAGAGGCACAGGAUUCAGUAAGAAAUCAAAUGCUUUAGUGUCAUUUACAAUAUGAAGAAUCAAUACGAAUUCAUUUCAUAAAUGUUUCUCUCAUGACAAGAAAAGACCAGACCAUAAACAGUUUCAUGGCUACAUGGAGAAAACACAACAACAA